AUGCUUGAGGCUUUCAAAUUUCCAAAGAAGAUUAUCAAUCUUAUCAUGAUAUGUGUUCGAACUCCUAAAUUCUCCCUAAUGAUCAAUGGAUCUUUAUGUGGUUUUUUUGCAGCAAAAAGAGGCAUAAGGCAAGGAUACGCUUUGUCUCCAUUACUGUUUGUAUUAGGUAUGGAAUACCUCUCUCGGAUCAUGAUUAAAGUAGGAUCUUGCUCAGAUUAUAAAUAUCAUGUUAAGUGUAAAUCUUUGAGAUUGAAUCAUUUAUGCUUUGCGGAUGACCUACUACUGUUUUGCCAUGGAGACUUUGUUUCGAUUAUAUGGAUGCUUAGAGGGCUCAAGCUCUUUUCGGGGACUUCUGGCCUAGUGCCAAACCAAAACAAAUCUGCAUUCUACUGUAGUGGUAUGGCAGAGUCUGAGGUUAAUCGAAUCACAGCCGCUUCAGGAUUUUCCAGGAGUCAGUUGCCGUUCAGAUACCUUGGUCUUCCAAUCUGCUCUAAGAGACUCUCAUCAGUGGAAUGUGGCCUUAUUUUAGAGAAAAUGGUUCAUCGAAUUAGGCAAUGGAGCUCAAGAAACUUAUCUUAUAUGGGCAGAGUCACUCUAAUAAAUUCAGUUCUGCUGUCUAUACAUUCAUAUUGGGCCCAAAUUCUGAUAUUGCCGAAGAAAGUGUUGAAGGACAUUGAUGCCAUUUGUAGAGCAUUCCUCUGGAGAGGAAUGAGUGACAAUGCAUGGCCUGGACUAGUAGCUUGGCAUCAUAUCUGCAAUGCUAAAACAGGUGGAGGGCUGGGGUUUAAGAGAGUUGUGGAUUGGAAUAUUGCAGCCAUAGGGAAAUACAUAUGGGCUAUUGCUUCAAAAAAGGACAAUCUAUGGGUUAAAUGGAUACAUAACAUCUAUUUGAAGCAAAUGGAUUGGUGGGAUUACAAAGCUCCAUUGAAUAGCAGCUGGUAUUGGAGGAAAAUGGUGGCUGUUAAGGACAUGUUUAAAGCUAAAAUCGAUAAGGCAUCUUUUGCAGCACUGAAGUUCAGUAUCAAAGUAAGUCAUGAUUUGUUGUUUGAUUCCCCUAUCAAAGUAAACUGGGCAAAGUAUGUUUGGGAGAGGUUCUCUGUACCAAAACACAGAUUUGUCUUCUGGUUAGCCAUGAUGCAGAGAUUACGCACCAGAAUGUUCAUUCAUGUGAAAGAAUGGCUGGGCUGGAAAGUUAAAACAGAGGAAUAUGGGCGCCUUCUGCAUUGGAUUGGGAAAACUAGAAGAUGGAGCAGGUUUCGGAAAAGCACUUUGACAGCAGUUCUUGCUUCUCUAAUCUACCAUAUUUGGAGAGUGAGAAAUGACCUUCUGUGGUCUCAAAAGAUGUGGACCAUAGAUCAUACCGUCCAGGCAAUACAAAGGGAUAUCAGAUUGAGGAUAUAUCCUUUAAUUACAAGCAAAACAAAGUCCUUAGAUAAAGAUUGGUUUCAGACAAUUUGUCAAAGUAGUUAA